AUGGUAAAUAGCUUGGAACUUGUCCAUGAGUUACAUUUGUCCUUACCAAAGGAAAAAUGGUGGGGAGAAAACAAUGUCUGUCAAAUGAAUGGUUUUUGGUUCCUUCCUAAAUUUGUGCCAAACACUGUUCGAGUUCUUAAUGAGUUCAAUCCACUUCCUAAUGAUGUAAUUUUAGCCUCCUUUCCGAAAACUGGUACAACAUGGCUUAAAUCUCUCCUUUUUUCCAUCAUAAAUCGGUCUUCCAAAGAGUUAUUAGUGAAGCACAAUCCCCAUGAGCUUGUUCCAACGCUUGAGGUCCAAGUCUUUGGAAAAACUGAAUCAUCUCCAAUUAUAACUGACGAUUUAGAUUCAAGAAGGCUCUAUUCGACUCAUAGUCCUUACCAGCUUCUAGGCAAAACUCUCGAUUCAUUUAACUGUCGAGUUGUUUACAUUACGAGAAAUCCUAAGGAUACGUUGGUAUCAAUGUGGCAUUUCACAAAUAAAUGGAAGGAUGCAGAAGAUGCGCCAUGGCCUCUCGACGAGGCCAUAGAGAAAUUUUGUUCUGGGAUAUUUCCUGGUGGACCUUAUUAUGACCAUGUUAUGGGAUUUAAAAAGGCAAGUUUGGAAAAACCCGAAAAUAUAUUCUUUAUAACUUAUGAGGAGCUAAUGAUAGACGCAAAAACUCAUGUCAAGAGAUUUGCUGAGUUUCUAGGAUGCCCUUUCGACAAAGACGAGGAAGUAGAGGAGAUAGUGAAAAGUUGCAGUUUUGAAAUUCUAAGCAGUCAUGAAGUGAACAAAUCUGGGGAUUUUCCAUCUUGGUUUCCAGUUCCUUAUAAUUCUUUCUUCAGACAAGGUGUCGUUGGGGAUCAUAAAAACUAUCUGGAAGCUAAGACGAUUGAGCGUAUUGAUGCAUUGACAAGAGACAUGUUUCAUGGAGCUGGUUUCAUGUAUGGCAUUUAG